AUGGAAACGUACAAGAUUGUAGAAGAGAAAGCAGAGCUGCCAGAUCAAUUCUCCCUGUCCAGAAGUUUGCAAAGUAAACAACUUGAUAUAACUGUAUUGAUAAUUGUGAAUGACUCUGAAAGUGCUGAAAGAGAAUAUGAUAUUGCUCUCAACUCUGUUCGAUGUUACUGUGAAGCGAAAAAAUAUCGACUCGAGAUUGCAGAAGACACCGAUUUCAGACAUUUCUGUCAACAGGAGAAUAGCAUGUUCCGCCGACAUUGUAUAGUCGCCCAUCUUCUUCGAGAAAGUGAUUACGUGUUUCUACUGGAACCUGGAAUGGCUGUAGUGAAUAACGAUAUAAGAUUGGAAGAGUUUAUCGAUGAGAAAUAUGACAUGACGAUGUACGAUAAGUUCACAAGUUGGGAAAUUGAUACUAAUUCGUAUGUUGUCAAAAACACUGUCUGGUCUCGUGAUUUCCUCAUGAAACUUGCCGAAUUCGAAACGAAAAUUCCAUCUUCCAGCAAUGACAACACUGCACUUCAUAUUCUUCUUCAAAAAACCUUCUACCCACAGUUCACAGAGGAAGCCGGAAACUGUCUGAAAAUCUUGGAAAAUCUGGAAUUUUCUACGGGAAAUCAGCAGAUUAUGUACACUUUUGAAGCAUGUAUUCGAUCUGUUAUUGGGGAAAUUCAUGAAUUCGAUAAUUUGAGAAUAAUCAAAAAGGUAGGAAGACAACUCGGUCCCACUUGGAUUCCAGUGUUUCAGGGCACCGCCUGGACAAGAGAAAUCUGGUUGACCGAUUCGAAAUGGAGUCAAAAUAGAGAUUUCAUGCUGAACGGACUCAAAAAUGCUCAUCAAACGACGUUUGCUCACGGAGUUUUAUCUAAUAUAUUACUCGGCCGGCAGACGUGGAGAUCUCCUUUUAUAAAUCCACCAAAUCAGGGUGAAUGUGACUUUUCAAAAUGGGAAUAUGAUCGAUCUCUGAUAACAUCAAAAGCUGAAAUUGAUGAAUAUCUGAUGGAAAAAUAUGACGAAGUGGAGAAAAUGAGGUGGCAAAGUUUAGCUGCUGUUGGAAAUUAUAUGAGUAAAGAUUGA